GCAGAUCGCUGCUUUGUUCGGGAGCUGGAGGACAGCGCGACAUGGAGCGCUGCUUUCUUUGGCUCUUUCUGUUGCUGCUUCAUGUUCGUGGCUUCUGUUCGGCCGAUAACACGUGGAAGGAAAUACAGCAAAAGAUCUCAGAAGCUGUCAAAGGAUACACAACAUGCAACCCUGUUAACUGCAGCUGCCAUCUUGAUGUCCUCCAUCAUGACCUGAAACCCUUUGAAAGGGGAAUCUCUCAGAAUGUCAUGGAAACCACGGUUCUUAAAGGUGUGGGCACCCACUACCAGGUCAUCGAACACAAGCUGUACCGAGAGCACAACUGCAUGUUCCCUGCAAGGUGCAGUGGAGUGGAGCAUUUCAUCCUGGAGGUUGUGGACAGGCUGCCUGACGUGGAGAUGGUGGUGAAUGUGAGAGAUUACCCUCAGGUGCCCAACUGGGUGCAACCGAUUCUGCCCGUCUUCUCGUUCAGUAAGACGCCAGACUAUCUGGACAUCAUGUAUCCGGCGUGGACGUUUUGGGAAGGCGGGCCCGCCGUGUGGCCCAUAUACCCCACCGGACUGGGCAGAUGGGAUCUGAUGAGAGAUGAGCUGAAAAAAUCUGCAGCUCAGUGGCCUUGGAAGAAGAAAGAGACCAGAGGAUUCUUCAGAGGCUCCAGAACCAGCGCUGAGCGCGACCCGCUCAUCCUCCUGUCCAGAGAAGCUCCAGAUCUGGUGGAUGCAGAGUACACCAAGAACCAGGCCUGGAGAUCCGAAAAGGACACACUCGGCAGACCUCCAGCUAAAGAAAUCCCUCUGGUCGAUCACUGUAAAUACAAAUAUUUAUUUAACUUCCGGGGUGUGGCGGCGAGUUUCCGCCUCAAACAUCUCUUCCUCUGCGGCUCGUUGGUGUUUCACGUGGGCGACGAGUGGCAGGAGUUUUUCUACCCGCAGCUCAAACCCUGGGUCCACUUUGUCCCCGUCAAACAGGACUUAUCUGAUGUCAGAGAGCUUCUUCAGUUUGUCAAAGAAAACGAUUCCGUCGCACAAGAGAUCGCUUCCAGAGGUCAGGAGUUCAUCCUGAACCACCUUCAAAUGGGAGAAAUUACGUGUUACUGGGAGAAACUGCUGACCGAGUUCAGCCAGCUGCUCACCUACAAACCCAAACUGAGGAGCAACUACAAACACAUUGUCCAGAAAUUCAUCAAAACGGAGCUUUAAACUGAUACGAAGGAGAAUCAACAAUUAUGAAUGUAUUUUCUGUGGUACGAAGUUUUUAUUUUAUUUUUAUUUGUGUUGAUUUUCAUUUUUAGGGGGCAAAAUCAUGGUUUCAAAACUUGGUCCAGAUCUUUCAAGUAUGUUUAGACAGUUCCCUAAACGGCCACUGGAGGGCUCCACAGUAUCUUUGAGGUCAUUUUCUGUCCAAAAUCAAUACUUCUAGAUAUUUCAAUCAAGUUUAUUUGUGCAGCAUAUUUCUGGAACA